CGUAAGAUAUUCUUUAAUAGAAUAUGCGUGAUCUUACACAUACCAUCCUGCAGAAACACAGUACGAAUAUUACAAACAAUUAAUCAAGAGAAACCCAGAAGAGGCUGCGUUGGAGAGAGCAGCUUCGCCAGGGGAUGCAGCUAGUUGGUCGCGAGCACCGCCACUUCCGGCAAGAAUGAACUUUCCGAAUGCUGAAUGCAACGUCGUUCUCUUCUGGAAAGCACUUUGACAGAGCCCCACGGGUACAUUACUAGGAUUGCCGCCACCAAUUGAACUCCCCCGACUCGCCGUUCAUGGUUCAGCCCGGGCCUCAGCUCCCUUAUGUCUGCAAACAGAGCCGCCCGAGGCGACACCGCCGUUCAGUCAAUCGCUCGAUUCAGAAACGAUGAAGCAACUUGCAGAUUCUCCAUUGUUGACGGUAUUUGACUUAGCCGCGCGUUGCGUUGGUUCGUUGGCUGAGCGCUGAUCUGCAUAAUAGCCAUUAAACCCGAAAGGAUUCGAACUCGCACGGCAACGCGACGGGAUAAGUUUUCGAGCCAGAGUCAAGCAGCCUGAUUAAGUCUCCUCGCGCGAAACUUGGGCACGCUCGUUGUUACUUAGCUACUAGGGAGAGAAAUUGAUUAGAUAUUUUAGCGGAACUUUGGUCGAAACUUUCUUUGACCAAAAUCGUGUUUUUUUCGGCUGAUCGUGAGUUAGCGACAACCGCCGGAUUCGUUGUUACAUUCGUCUGUUCGGUUUGCCGGAGAAUAAUCGAUUUCCGAAAGUUUGCUUCUCUCUGGUCCUCUACUGCUCUUUCUAUUUACUGCUCUGUCUUUUUAUUUUAUAUUGGGAAAUAUUUUUCUCCCUUUAUCGUAUAAUACGCGUACGAAGGAAAAAUCAUAGGUGGCAGAAAGAACGAACGAUCUCGUAUGAUACGAAUUGCCGACGAGUUCGUGUAAAAGAAAUUCUAUUAUACCGGAAGGGGCUGGAGGCCGAGGUUACUGUGAGAAGUUCUCGUCAGGUACCGCUUGCAGCCGAAUAUAUGGCCGAAAAGAGGUUACAGAUUGCGUAUUACCGAAAUCCACUUUUCGAGACGGCGAGCUCGAUUUCCGGUGGAAGGUGGUUGCCAACGCACAUGGUUGCUCAUAGUCUCGCUUUAUACGACCGAAAUUCCGACUAAGAUGCAAGAGGACACAGAGGGCAGCGAGAUGGAAGAAGCAAAGUAGCGGCGGAGAGGGCGGGCGGUACACAGGAGGAAGGGAGGAAUUCGUAAUAUAGAGGGCCGCUCUACGACCCCGUUGGGAGGAAUUCCGGGGUACGUUUUAAAUUGCUGCAUCCCCAACCUCCUUGUUUAUGUAUGCUACCGUGUUUCUUAUUCUUGUGCGGCAGCGAAGGAGAGAGCGCGCGCCGCCCUAACUUUAUGUGCACAGUGCCGGCAUAAGUAUGCAAUCUAUGCGUUGGUGUGACCGUAUCCCUGUCUGCGUGAUCGUACACGCGAAAGCGCGAGGUCUAUGUAUUCCACGAAGGGAAAGGAUGUAUGAGUGAGCGGCGCGUACACGCGAUCGCGCACCCUUUACACCAGUUUCUAUGUGGCCGCGUGUAUGUGUCUGUAUUGUACGGUGAAACGUGGUCCUACGUUUCCUCGCACUCGCACCGUGCCGCUGCUACAGCCUCUCCCCACGAUCCGGCCGCCGUUUUCUCCCGUGAAUUCUUUUCGCCUUCCGAACCAGCUCCACGCUCUUUCCUUUCCUCCUUAUUCCCCAACUUCAGACCCGACUUCAGAGCUACCCCUCCUGCUAUCUACGGUUGAGUUGCGUCGGUUGCCUUUACCAUGUAUCUAUCUUUCUUUCUCUCUCUCUCUCUUUCUCUAUCGCCAACCCUCUUCCGUUCCAUUCCUACCUUCCGGCCUCAAUUGCUGUAAUCUAUGGCCUAUACUGGUGGAUUUAACCGUGGAAUUGAGCCACGGUGAUUUGUACGGUUUAUUAAUAUUGCAUCGGUGUCGGGGAUGGAACUUGGCCAUGGGUUUUCAUAGAUUUUCAACGACGACCGGAUGAUUAUAUGCACGUGAACGGAUUGGGAUAUCGAGUGGUCGCGAUGCACGGUUCCACCAUGUAAACCAAUUUUCUGACCGUGCAAUUGCGGACUCGUUUCGGCGAAUGUUCUUCUAUCCUGCAGCGUCGGUGAAAGCUACGGAAUAUUUAUAAGGUUUGAUAGAUGUACUUACAGCAAUUUUUUAAACUUUUUUUUUUAUCCUCUGAAAAACACGUUAAAUACGUUACAUUUCGGAGAAUCCGACGUUACCACUUACACCGUAAACAAUUGUAUUUCGUUUGAUCGGGGUUUUGCAAAAAUUGCGUUACUACGUUUUAUCGUAUAGUUUCUCAUAAAUAUCGGUAGAAUCAUAAUCGUGAUUCGUAGCAAGUGGCGGAAAAACAAUAACUGAUAGAACGUAUCAAUCCGUAGCAUCGAGUAAAUAUUUAUCAACGUUCUAUAGAUUGCACUCUCUUGGGUUUAGGCUCACUCGUUAUUUCGCUCGUGCUUCGUGUUAUAGGAAAUAGAUUAUUGUGCUGUGGUUUCAUUGGCAGGAAAUCACGCUUGAAGCCAAUACGAUCCUGACGUGCAUCACUAUGACAGUGAUAAUACAAUGAAUAUUAUCAUAAUUUUGUGAUAUCAGCUCUCUUCACUUUGCUGGAGUUUGACAGCAAACGAUCUUUCUUUGUACGAGUAAUUAGAGAUUGUAUUGAUGGAAGUAACAAAUUUAUAACCUACGAUAAUAUUACAACAUAUUUUGUGUAAAGAAUAGAUACACACGUUUUCUCGUUGAAUGUACUUUUUUAUUUUUUUACUUUUCCUCUAUAAAAUUCACGAAAAAUGGAACAGAGAACGGGGAAUGACGCAAUGAUAAAUACGAUUCAUCUUAUGUGAACAAAUAUUUGAUAUUUAAUAGAAUCUCAAGUAACACGUAUAGAAUAUUCUUCUUUGCCAAAUUUACACUCCGUCAAAGUUAUUAGUAGGGAAUUUUAAUAUAUAACGUUGACGUACUUACCUGUGUUCACACGUACGCGUAACUUUUUAAUUUUUACACGCGCGUACAUUUUAUUUAUGAUGUUUACUAUAUGAACGAACAAAUAAGCCAAAAGAUUAUCAACAACAAAUUUUAUUUGUUGUGACACUGUACGAAAAACUAUUCUUUAUAAAAUGUUGAAAGACUGAUUUCGAAUAAAUUUGAAGGUAAAGUGCGUUAAAAUGUGUGCGUGUAUCGAAAGUUUCAUCUUUAAAAACUAACUUUUAAAAUCCGAUUCUAACAGAGACAAAGUCUUCCGAUGGACAAAUCUUAGGACUUUAAUAAGUUUUAAACUUAUGAACAGCUGCGACGAAACUUGGCAAGAAUAUCGGUCCAUUAAAGUGCAUAAUGGUGCACUUUCACGGGUGAUUAUUUGUUCCUAAAGGAAUAUGUAUACCGAGGGUAAGAAGGUUAAAAAAUUUUUUUUUCCAUUUCUUCUUUUCUAUAACUCGAUGAAAAAUAUUUUAGAAAUACAAAAAUAUUCCUUUAUUUUGGUACGACCGUCUUUAUUCUCUCGAACAGUUUCUUUUAGAAACACUACAAGCAAAGUAUUUUAAACGGAUCAUAAGGAUAUAAAAGCGGAGAACAAAAAAUUAUUCAAUGAAUUUUUGAACACGAUUAUUAACGCUUGAUAAUUUAUGGUAUUUCUAGGAAAACUAAGACCAAAAUAACUGGAGAUCGAAAAUAGAAAGGAGAAGGAAAUGUGCGAACGCGUACGAUGAGAGGAUACGUGGAGAAAGUACGAAAGAAAGAUAAUAUUCGAAUAAAACGAUUACGAUUGGAAAGUAAUCGUAAUAUUCUUAAUUCGUUAUUUUCUUAAAUGUAAUUUCAUUAUUUUCUUUUCCAACGUAGUAUUCUCGUUUUUGAGAUAUUUUUUUUCGCAUAUUAUCAACAACGUUCGAUCGGUCGAUUCUUAUUUUUCAUUAAUAACAUUUAAUAGAGGUAUUCUCACUUUAACGUAUAUCUAUGAAGUACAUAUAUAAUCAUGAUCGAGUUAAUAGAAGAAUCGACUCAAUUAGGUCGUAUCUACUUUUUAAGAUAAAUCUAUCGAACGGGACAAUUCUAUCCAAUAGGAUGCUAAUCAUUUUACAGACACUUUACAUCCUCUUUUUAUUGGACGUGGUAAAGAGUUGAGAUUUGCGCAGUGAAUGUAAUCUGCCGUUGACGAAAAUGGCGCGGAACUCUUUACUCGAGUUUUUUAUUCACGAGCAGGUGAAUGAACGACGCUUGAAUAAAUGAGAAAUCGAGUGAGCGAGAACGAGAGAGAAUGCCGUGCGGCGCGGCGCGGCGCGGCUUGCGCGAAAGAGCCGUGGGUGGAAAAAUGACAGUUGUGCGAGCUAUCGUGAAUCGUCAAGUUUAAAUCGAAAACGGAUGUACGUUGUCGUGGUAAUAGAACAUUGUAUGGAUUUUAUUUCGAAACUUUUUCCUGGCUAACAUUCGGAUUUUAUCCUUUUUUACUGCCCGACAAAUCUGUCCUCGCCCAUACCACUUAACACGCCAGUUACGCUUGUUUUCUAUUUUUCAUUUUUCCAGCUUUGCCAAACUUUUCCCGAUUCCAUCGUAAAAACUUUCAAACUCUGUGUCAUUUUUGGCACAUGAUACUUUUAAUGUAUACGAAGGCUCAUCGAAGUAUCUAUCUCGACGCUUAUCGUUUGCGUAAAGAGCUUGUCUUGUGUAUUGUAUUUGUAUCGUACGUAUCGUAUAAAGGAUAUUGAAAUUUCGAUAGUAUCGCGAAGGUGUGUUUAAGCCAAACGAGCAAGAAUAUAGAGCGCGAGAGCAAGAGAAUUUGCUCGUGCUGGUUUAUUGACAGCGACGGUGAACUCAUUUCUUCGGGAUAAAAUAAACGCGAACAAACGAUUCGCCGAAUAUUUCGCCGAAUAGGCUUUUGUGAGCUAUUGUACAUGUAUCGAUACAUUUGCCAACUCUUUAAUCAGCCGUGCUGACGAGUAAUCGUAAUUGAUUAAAAAUAUGAUAGAAAGUAUCGUUGAGUGGCAAGGAAAGGGUUGGCGAUAAUCUGAUUGUUAGUUAGCAGUCAGGUUGUAUCGAUAGUCUCGAUUAGGCUGGCAAAUUCUAGUGAAAAUCAAGUAUGCGAACAUACUGGCAGGCAUUUCGUAUAUUGUGCGGAACCGGUACUUGUGCGUUCAUAUUUCCGUCAUACACUUAUUCCUUCAAAUAUUCAAGCACCGACGAGCAUCAUGCAGAGAAUUUUGAAACAGCCCCAGUGUUUUUGUUAUAGGUACUUUUCUUUCUUUGGAAUUGCAUGCAUGAAUUCAUAAGGACUAGUACAGCAAUUUUAUGCCAGGUAACACGAAUUCGGUGAUAUUAUCCCUAUUUUUAGGAUGAAACUGUAACACGAAAAACAAUAAAAACAAAUUAUUACGCAAACAGAAUUAAUAAUGCAAUUAAGAAUAAUAUACAGCGAUAUUUAUACGUAAAUAAAGAAUAAUAUGUCAACUACGAUCUAUUUAAUGAAAUACAAUUAAAAGAUUAUUAUGUGAUUACGAUGUAUGUGCUUAUUAUCCAAACAAUGUAUAUAAUGAAAUGUAAUGGAUAAUAUCUCACAAUCGAAAAAUAUUUUACGUUGAAACUAAGCACCGUUUUAACCGCUUAAUGAAAUUAAGCAAGUUGUUCGUUAUCUUUGAAACGUAAAAGAUGAUCGUUUCUAUGGUUAUUCUAUCUGCAUAAUGAAAUUACUUAUAAUCAAGCGGGGAAAAUAAAUGGAUCUUGCUCGGCUCGAAAUUAAUUAGUUAUUGGAGAAAAGCGGUAAUUACACAUCUAUUUUCGUAUUAAAGCACGAUCUAAACUGGAUGCGACAUAGCUAAAAUUUUAUCUGAAGAGUUGGGUGCAAAAUAAUUCUCGUUUUCAUCAGUUAUUUAGUAUUUUUCACAUAUAAAUAGUAAGAAGCAAAAUAUACAUAGUAAAUCAUUCAUUUCUUUUAAUUUGGGAAGAGUGUAGUGAUUGAAAAAAUAUGAAGACUUAAUUAUUUAAAAUACCAGGCUUUUAUCUCACUUAUUUUUAAAUACUCUCAUCUUUAUCUCUUACCUUUUUCCCCGUGAUCUUCAUAUUCUAUUAUAUUUUAAAAGUUAUGCGCGCUCUAUACUUUUAAAUAUCAAUUCGGUGAAGCCUAUAAAUCCAAUCUGCAAAGAACGUUUAGACGGAAUAGGAAUACGAUAUCCCCAAAAUCGAUUCUUUUUUCUAUUUUUCCGUUUUUUAAUUGAACGCCUUUAUGGAAACGCGAAACGUCGUUUGACAGCGAUAGAUUGCCACAGAAAAUAAGACAGUCGCACGUAUGUACUUAUAUAAGUAGCUCUCGAAAUUUCAACCCUUGUCCGCUAUACCGACAUGCUAUAUCAUUGCGCCGAGUCGUUAAAUAUACCUAUUACGUUGAUUAGAAAAAUGAUAUGUUUGAUCGCGUAAUUCCAGGUUAACUUUCAUUUACCCCAUUUUUGAAUAACUGCACCUAGUAACGUAAUUAUUACUUUUGACCAAAUGGGGCUACGACUGCAGCUUGCAGUCGACAACCGGUAUGAUUAUAUAUCAAUGUACGUGUAUUCGAUCCAUUUCCUUUUGCUAGAAAAUGCGUCAUAUUUUCACGACCAUCUCGUACCAUUCCUGUCGCUUCUUUUUGACGUGUAGCUCGUAGGGAACAUUUAAAACGAUACAUACAGUCAUACGGAAUACAUAAGUACACGCAUAGAAUCGUGUUUAUACAUACAGAGUGUUCCGUUGUACUAUACAUAUGUGGGAACAGCCGGGAGGAUUCGGUAUAAUGAAAUAAGGAGAAAGGUUCGUAUAAAUAGAUAUAUGCCCGAUAUCAGCUUGUUUUCGAGUAACGGCUUAUUUUGCGUCGUUAGACGUUUCCUGAUAGAUCAACAAUUUCCUGGCAAAUUUCUGGCCAACUCUCUAUCUCCGAACCCGAAUUCAUUCGAUUAUUGCUAGUUGUGACACUUGAAAUCUCGCAUUACGGUAGAACAUUUUGUAUAGGGAAUCAGUACUGAAUGCAGAAUUUAGUACAAAUAAUCUUUCACAAUGAUAGCGACAUUUAACCUUUUAACGUUUAAAAAUAUACGCAGAUCUUCCUAUUAAAGUUUGACUUUACUUAAAUUAUCCUUGAUUGCAUUACCGUUUUAACCAAACAAAGCCAAUCGUUCCUUCCAGAAAGCACUUUGCUUUUUCGGAAAAUUCGAUUCACGUCGAGUAAAUAGGAGAAAGAACACCAAGCGGCAAACCAUUUCGCCCACGGAUCACGACGAGAACGAUGCGCCGUAAAGCAUCAAAUUCGUGACUCGCGGAGAUCGUUUCGCCUGUAAGAAACCUGGGAGAGGUCGACGUUUUCGAUCGUAGCGACUAUCUCUCCCGCCUCUCUCCUUUUUCUUCCCCAACACUUUUUCACAGAACUGUAAAAUCUCGAGAAUUCUGGUUAUGUCAGCGUUCCUCCUUAAGUCCCUUCCGAGGAACGCAUUUGCACCGGCGAAAGGGGAAUAGCCGAUUGUCGUGGCGGAUCAUUGGUAUCCGUCGCGUCCUUCCUUUCGCCUUUUGCCAACCGGUGCAAUGGAAGCAGCCUAAGCAUCAGCAAGGAGAACCGGCAGAGAUCGAGACGCGGCAGUAAACCUACUAGGCGUAGGUUUUGAUGGCAGGCAGCGGUGGCGAGCUAGUGGUGACCCGUGGACGCGGGGUUCGCGGAGGGAUCUGGUCGGAGGGAAGGUUUGGAUACCUUGUCGAGGAUAGGCUGCCGGUGCAAGUAGGUUUAAUAUUUGAUACCGCGGGCUGGUCAUCCUGCCGAGGCGAUAACACAGGCCCCGCGGGAACCUUCCGCCCAACAUCCCUCGGAAAACGACUACCGCCAAACUCGCAACCACCCCUUCUCUCACUCCUGUCCGCCGCCUCCUUCUCCUUCUCACCCUCCCCCCUUGGUUCGUCCCAUACUCGCUUCCUCUUCCAUCGUACGCGAUUCCAUCUCGCGUAGAUACCUGUACCGCAGUCCUGUCCGUUCUGUCUUUCCUUCGUUCACCAGUUUGGUGUCUAGUCGCAACUAAGUGCAACCAUAUCGCGUCGCCAGGCUUCCUACCGCCUAUUACCGCUUCCCCUUUUUCAACGAGAUGAACGAUUGGCCCCGAUAAAUAUACUCGUUUUGAAACGUUUCUUCGUUGCUUUUUUUGGCCAUGUAUGCGACAAACACGUACAUAGAUACGUUGUUGUAUUCGAGAUGUUUCGUCGUACUUUUGGGAUCGAACGUGUCGCGAUCGUUUCCUUUGUUGCUUAUUUCUUUUUCCUUUCGGACGCGCAAGAUCGUUCUGAUUCGUUCGAGUCGACCGACGGAUGUAAAGGAAUGGCAAAAUCAACUUCUCUGUUGGUCAGUUGGAUUGAAAUCCAAGAGUCAAGAAUAGCGCGAAACGGCUUUAUUCGUUUAUUGGAUCGACGAAAGUCCUGUAGCCCUGUUGCCCUGCAGCCUUGUGGGAGUAACAGAGGGGAUCUGGGUUACGAAGGGUCCAUGACACUUUAAAAAUUCAUUAUGAAAUAGCUCACACAAAUCUGCACUUACUACGAAGACACAACCGAUCAAAUAGCAGCACAAAUACUCUCGAUUGUUUCGGACUUUCAAAUAUACAUCACAUACAAUCAUUGUUCAUUAUUAAUCACGUUGUACAAGCUCCAAAUUUCAAGGUUGGAAACGGCAGACUGUAAGAAAAUUGCCUCGAUGAAUUACGUAAAUCUUCAUAUUUAUAGAUGCUACAGAAUUAUCGAGCUAUAGAUACGAUCUCUUUUUAUGUAUUUUUAAAAAGUGUGUUUUAAGAACAAACAGUGACAUUUAAAAAAAUAUAUAUAAGCAACUUUGCUUAGGAUCGUGAUUAUCGUGACUAUACUCGUACACGUUAUACCAUCUAAUUUUCUACGAAACAAAAAAAUAAACGCAGUUACGUUUAAUUUAUAGGAUAUCAUCGAUUGCUAUGUUAUAGUUAAAUACGCAAGAAAAGUCGUAAGGAAGAUUUCAUAUCUGCCAUAAAUAUUUGUUUGAUACAUUAAUUUUUAUAAAACAAUUUGCAUAUUUUUCAUUUCAAUUUAAUUCGUUUGACAGAACGUAAGAAUUUAGAACGUAGAUAAUAUUUAGGAACGCGUGUUAUGGAACCUGUUGUGUAACAAUCUUUUAAGCGACUGUAUUAUUCAAAUUAUUUAAGGAGUUCUUAAAACAAUGUAGAAAUAUGUACAGUAUAUCUUCAACAGUAGCCUUAGUCACUAGUAAAAGAUAAAUAUUUAAAAAGAGCGUAUCGUCACCGUGGCCUGUAAAUAAUAUUUAAAUAACAUUGUUUACGUGUUGUAUAAGAGGUUGCUUUAAAUAAUCAUGACUUAAAACGGCAUAGGUUAAGCCAUGAUCGAAUACAAACAAAGACAAAUCGAUUAUUCUUUCGAAUAAUGCAUACGGCGGCUUUUGUUUUAACGUAACUGCACUAAGAAGAAAGCGAAGACUGUUCCAGUUGAGUUUUAGAUCUGCAAAGGUACAUCGAGUAGCCAAUAUCGUCGCAUAAAAAUACGAAAAAAUACGAAGAGAUAGCAGAGUCUAUGAAAUCUCUAAUACCGUCAUUAGCAAAAACGAAGUGAAAUCGUUUGAAAAUCUGUUCGACACGACGAAUCGAUAAACAACGAUCUUAAACUCUGUUUUACGGAAUCGCGUGGAUAAAAUCGUUCAAAGUGUUCAAGAUACAGGAUGUCGAAGAUAAAUGACGAAAGCGACGUGUAGUAGCAACGAGUAGCAGCAGUAGCGACCUUGGUGUUAAGGGUGACUGAGACCGACCAGUUUACGACGUAGCUGCUAAUCCAAGAGCAGGUUGGGCGACAGCCGAGCGAGAGAUUUCGCGGUGAUCGAACAAAAGCGCGUCGCGAGGGAAGAAAAGUAGGUAGACGACACGAGGCGUCUUCGACGAGACAAGGCUGCACGGGGCAAGGUUCGGUAGGAACGCGGGGGUGGCUCGAUGUUGGCUAGGAAGGGCGUGUAACGUCGGUGGGGGAGUGAAAACGAGACACGGAACGAGAUUCUAGGGGAGAGGAAAGGAAACGGGACGAACGAGGCGAAAAGAGGGAGGGUAAAACGCAGGGAGGAUGAAGAAACGGGUGGUCGCGGUUAGCGACACCCAUGCCGAACACGAAAGCAAAGCGAAAGAUGGCCGACGCGAAUCGCGCUAGGAGCGCACGCGUGACCGCGCUAAACUCCGCCUAUGCACGAUAUACCCCUUCGUCCCGGUUGUUCUCGGCUUACCUCGUGGCGAACAACCCCUCUGCUGCGAGCACGCGCCACUCUGCGAAUAUCCUGGAUCACCGACCAUCCCCUGUCCCGUCGUUUCCCUCUUCGUCCUUCGAUCCCUCCAUCCCCGGUGGAAGAGUUCAUCCACGAAGCAUCGUUCGCCGCGCCGGCCAGUCAGCGCCAAAAAGUGCACAGUUUCACCACAACAUCCCGUGUACCGUACGAUUCUACUACGUCGGUGAUCGAAUCGUGACAAUCUGACAGUGGACAGUUUUUUCUUUGUCCGAAAAUUCCAAGUGGCUGUUGGUUCAGUGACCGCAUUAGCGUGCCGCUACGAAUUCGAUCGUUCGGUCGUUCCUAUCUCGGUAACGUUUCACCAUUGCCGGACUAGUUGGGAAUCAGCUGCUCGCUCGUCAGCAAAAUUAUUUAUUCACACGCUCGGAGAAACGCGUCGCUACACCACCUACUUUCUGUCUACGUCUCCAUCGCGAAGUGCGAGAUCUUCCGAUUCGAAGGAAUCGGAACGUUCGGUCGUCGCCAUGGUUCAGACAUAGAACUAAACCGAGUGCGAGUAAAAUCCAACCACCGUGUCCGUGAUCAUGUGCAUCAUGGACAUCGAAGAGAUCCGCGAUCUCUUCGACGAACGAGUCUAGUUAAAUCGACUGAAAUCGCCGCGGUCUGAUCGGUGGUGUUAAGAACGAAGAUGAGUGGUGGCUCUUAAAACGGCAGUGCAAAGAUCAAGUACUAUCGUAAGAACAACUAUAAUAAUAGUACGGUGAUUCGUCGUUGGUAUAGCCGCGCCGCGCCAGUGAGUCUCGCGAUUAGUCUCGAAGCGAUUUGACGAGAGCGAAUGUGAAGGUACUCUGAGAGGAAAUUGGGUGCAGAGAGGACAUCGAUAAUUCUUUUUACACAGAUGCGAACCGCGAACACUGAUGUGAAGAGGAAGCGCGGCUACCGCUGCUGGUAUCGUUCUGUUUGAGGGCGUCGGUUUUCGACUGGUUUAGGUCUAAGCCUGGCAGCUUAGCCUUGACUAGCUUCAGAAUGAUGUACUCACCGGACAAGAUGAUGGGGAGCAAGGGGCUCCACGGGGCACCCAUCACGGCCCCGGGUUGUUUCCCUUCGGGAAGGUAUUCGCCGCCGCCUUAUCGUGCCGCACCGGAUCCCAUGCCGCCACCACCGCGACGCUGUAUGCCCAACCCUACGAGUCGUAUAUUGGAAGAUGCCUCCAUUAUGUGCAAUUCCUGGUCACCGAGGCAUAACGGUGACUUAUUCGGGGGACUGAACAGCGGUCUACAAGACGGCUUACUUUCGAGGGCGGAAGCUUUGGCGGCGGAUUUGGGAAAACACAACGCGGGCACCCCAAUGCCUUUGAAGCACGACCCUGUUUCCGUCUAUCAUCAUGGAACCCACAUGCCAACCCCCCAUCCAAAUAACCGGCCACAUCAUCAGAUGAGCCAUCCAGGAAUGGAGAGUCUGGACAUGCUGGAUCCAGCAAACUCGAUGACCACAUUGACGCCAAUGUCAGAGAAUACCGGCGGUGGACCAGGUCAUCAUGCUGGAAUUCAUGGUCCCUCGGUUUACGGGGGUAUGAACGGAAUGAUGGGCCAUCAUCAUCAUCACGGAAACUUGGGCGGCGGCGGAGGCAGCGUACCACAUCCGGCUCAUCAUCACCCGGCGAUGGCGGCGGCAGCAGCAGCGGCCGCGGCCGCGGGUCUUCAUCCAGAUGCAGACACGGAUCCACGAGAGUUGGAAGCAUUCGCGGAAAGGUUCAAACAGAGACGCAUCAAGCUGGGCGUGACGCAAGCCGAUGUCGGGAAAGCUUUGGCAAAUUUAAAGUUACCAGGCGUUGGAGCGCUAUCUCAAUCCACGAUAUGUCGAUUCGAGUCGCUCACGUUAUCGCAUAACAACAUGAUCGCGCUGAAGCCGAUCUUGCAAGCGUGGCUGGAAGAAGCGGAGGCCCAGGCGAAGAACAAGAGACGAGAUCCCGACGCGCCGUCGGUGUUACCAGCCGGCGAGAAGAAGAGAAAGAGAACGAGUAUAGCCGCGCCCGAGAAACGUUCUCUCGAAGCGUAUUUCGCUGUGCAACCACGGCCGUCCGGCGAGAAGAUCGCCGCGAUCGCGGAGAAGCUGGAUCUGAAAAAGAACGUGGUUAGAGUUUGGUUUUGCAACCAACGGCAGAAGCAGAAGCGUAUGAAAUUCGCGGCUCAACAUUGACCCGAGGGUGGCUUGUGACAGCAAAACUGACCGUAUCAGUUGCCCAGUCUCGAGCCUAAACCAGAACCCUUGACCGAGUUUCAGGGAUGGCCGUAAACAUAUAAACGGACAAUAUAAGAGCACGAAAGACGCGAUCGCUGUGGGAAUGGAAUUAUGUACAUACGUACAAUCAUAACCAGCAGUUGGAUUUAAACGUAGUACGUACUAACUGUUCUACGUGGUUGCUGAUGCUGGAGUCAUUGGAAUUGGAAGUGAUGCGCGUACGACUUCUCGGUUUCAAGUGGAUCGCAAACGUAUUAGCUCGAUGCUGCGGCCAAAUAAGAGUAAGCGAUAGUCAGACUGUCACAGGCUUUAUGCGAAAUAUAUUACGGUCAUUGCGCGCGCGCGUGUGACGUUCUCGACGCGUCUCCAGUCUCCCGGCGAAUUUUCCACCGGAACCGACGAUGCUUGACGAAUCGAUUCACGAGCCUCUUCCCUCUUCGCUUUGCCAUUUUAACUUAUUCGUAACUUUACGCUACCAUUCUAAUUACGAUGAAUAACAGAUUCGCAAAUUGUCGUUCGAAUGUUUACUGGUUUACAAUUUUCCUGUUGUCGAUACGCGGAACAAAAUUAAUAGUUGGAAUUAACGAUGAUUAAUUCGUCGCUAAACCGAUCUUUCGAUUAUAGCGUUAAGUUAAGAAACGUACUUUUUCUCUUCUAUAUAAAGAUUCAAGUAUAUUCGAGUCGAUAUCAUUUAUCGUUGCUUUAAGUUCUACUGUUCGAAGCGCGAGGAUUAAAAUCAUCGUGUUGUCCACUUUUUGAUUCUAAAGCAAAAGUUGGAACCACGUGAUUCGAAACUAAAGAAAAUCUUACUACGUACGCGGUUCCAGUCAAUGUUUAGUUGAGAGAGGGUUGAACGCCAGAUCCGCUGAAGUAAUCGAUGAAAAUUCACCAACUUGAUAAAAGUACCUAAUAAGGAUCGCUGACGUUACAUGCUAUAUACUGAAAAUGUGCUACAUGUUGCAUAAGAAUAUCGUAUAAAAUGACAUAAAAGAACCCUUACGGAAUCUCUAGAUCAAAUCAUCUGUAAAGUGAGAUAGAAUUUGUGAAGCAUAUCAGCUACGAUCGCGAUAAAACAGUUUACGAGCGUACCCCACCUUUAGACCAACUUCCGUAGACUGGAAAUCAGGUUCGAAGGUUACCGAAUUUAGCGUAUAUCUAAAGUCAUAUUUUCCAAUUGUUCAUAACCUCAUAAAACAAUAUUUUCUAACUUGAUAAAAUUUUGUGCCUUCGAAUUUUCUAUAUUUUACGUCGAAGAUCUCCAUCGAUAAACGUAUUAAAGAUCAGCUGUGUGAGACUAUAAACUGUUUAUCGAAAUGACAUAUACGAAAUAUAAUUUGAUUAAGUGCUUCCAAAAAUAUCAAAAUAUAUUUCUCUAAGUACCUAUAUGAAUAAAUAAUCGUACAGAAACGGAUUGCAAAAUAAUUUAUACUUUACGUUCGUACACGUAACUAAUUCUAAUUUAUAAAAUUUGUAAAAUAUGUAUUUGUAAAAUUAGAGAGGCCAGGAAACAUUUGAAUUUUGAAUUCUGAUUUCUGUCAUAACGAGACAAAAGAAGAGGAAGAGGAUUGUUCGCGAACGGGCAAGAGUCAAUCACAACGAAAACCAAAUAGCCGAAUAAUCAUCGAUGCGUCUUGAAAAGUACAAUUCGAAACAUAAAAUAUAAAAGUACGUAUUGUUAUAAAAUCGACGCGCGAGUACGUCGUGCCGAACAAAUAAGUGAUAUUAAUCCUAAUGAAGACACUCGCAAUAUGUAGUCACAAUCAGUGCAGUGUAAAAAGUGAAGAGCUAGAGCAAGAGAGAGAAAGAGGUAUGUGUGUGUGAUAAUGAUAAAAGUAAGAGUGAAACGUCGAUACGCUCGAUUUUGGAACGAAUUCUUUCAUUUUCACGAAUCGCUGUCUGUGUACGUAACGUUGCGUUUACGUUGCUCAAAGAAAUAAAAAUAAAUCGCUGCGUGAUCGAUUUAAAUUUCUGUUUUACAAAGAGAAGAUUUUCCGAUCGAGUAAAAUACACAGUGAAAUAUAGUUGAAAGUUUCUAAAGAAUUUUUAGCGUUUGUUUGUGUCUACGAUACUCGUCGAAUCUAAAUAUCGUCAAUAUCGAUAUUACGUAUUUAUUUAAUUAAUACGUAAUAUUCGCAACGUUAUACCUUUUACAAAACAUAUUCGUAAUCAAUUUUUCCUGUCUCGUUUACGAUAUUUAGAUACUUUAUCGGGAUGUUCGUUAAUCGUAUCUGUGUAGAAUUUUCAUGUAUUUCUAUCGCAAACGAUAUGCGGAUUUGGCUGCAACGAUGAUUCGUUCCAGGGCAGUGUAUCGAUUAGUAAAAUGCGCGAAAACGAGGAUGGAAGAAUGAACGGAGAUGAAAAACCAAGACGAUGCGAUGAGUGAAAGGGGAAAAAGGGAUUAACAGGAUGUAUUACGUAGUGAUAUUGGACAAUCAGUGAAAAGACUGUAUCAUAUCAUAUUGAAGCAAUACCGUAGUAUUAGUCGACGAAUAAACUUUAUUUAUAUCGCUCGUGAUGAACCGCGCGUUUCCUGUGCAUCGACGAAAGUUACUUGUAAAGGAAACAAAAAGAAAGGGCAUAGAAAAGGAGAAAAAGGAAAGAGAUAAGGUAAAAUGCCAAAAAAAGCGACGUCGUUCGGUUAAAUUCACCUCCAGACAAAUCAAUAUAAUAUGUAUUAAAAUGCAAUAUUUUCGAUGAUAGAACAGCAUGAUUCCAAGCGUAGUUAUAAUAAACAACGAGACUCCGUGUGACAUCGGAAGCGCGGUUGAUCGCACAACGAAAACUGAGAAAUUGAUAUCCCUCGGUUCUUGAAAAACUGCUCGCUGUAUUUCACGACCGCGGCGCGGGUGCGAUUAUAUUUUUGUUUCCUGACCGAUUUCGCUGUCCCUUGCUGCGGCAACGAAACUCGCUAAAACGUGAGUUUCGAAAACAAAAACGAAAAAAAAAAAAAGGACGAAAUCCUCGUACAACUGUGCACGCCAGAGCCGAUCACGAGUCGAUCGAUCGAGAGCCGAAUUAAACGGCGUCGAGGAACGAUCGAGGAAAGUAGGAAAACGCGGAUGUCAAUGUACCGAGUGCGUGAUCAGGCUCGAAUUCCCGCGUGCACCGAGCAAUACCGCGAGGAUGUUCGGCGAUAACAGCGAUAUGUCAUUGUAAUAGUUAAAAUAUAAGCGGAAGGAUAGUAGUAAUUUUUAAAUUGUACAUACGUAAGAGGAUAGGUAUUUUCUAGAAGAAUAAUAGUCUAUUGCCGUUCUACUAGGUAAUGGAGAAAAAAAGAAGAUUUUAGUGCAAUAUAGAGUUUAACGACACUAAUUAUCAUUACGAUUAUUAUAUUCGUUAUUGCUCGUUAUUUUGUCUCUAACUCUCUCUCUCUCUCUCUUUCUGUCUCUCUUUGUCUCUGUCUCUGUCCCUGUCUCUCUCUCUUUCUCUCUCUCUCUCUCUCUUUCUCACGCUCAUUCAUUCACUCAUUCACUCACUCACUCACUUACUCACUCACUCGCUCGCUCGCUCGCUCAUUCUUUCUCUUUCUCUCUGACUCGAUUUGGCCAACAUUGUCACGCCUGUCGUACAUUUCACAGAUACACACGUUCAGACGCAUCGUUCCAUUUACAUAUACUCGAAAGAUACUAUACGUUCCACCAGUCGAACUUUACUUUCGCGCGUAUUCCGAAUAACGGUGUAACGACGUGUCGCGUCGCGUCGCGUGUCGUCGACGACAGAAAGCGUCGUGUAUUCGGGCAAACAGCUCUGAAAAAGGGACCGGUUUAUCACUGGGAAACUAUUCCAAUUCCACGAGUAUCGUUUCGAAUCAGGCGGACAAUCGCAGAGUCUGUCGUAGGUAGUUUCAUUCGCGUCUAUCGACCUGUCUGUUUCCUUCGAAAAUUACAGUGUUUCCCCUGUGCACAAUUCCCAGUGUACAAUUACUGUGAUGCUUCGGAGUAUGUCGAUAUCGUUUUAUUUAGUUCGAGGCCGGAUAAGUACGUAAAGGCUGACGAGGUAACCGAAUUAAGCGUUCGGGGCGCGACGCGUCAACGUUUUGUUGAUCUCUCUGUCGUUCCAAGGAACGCGCGAUGUGAUACCGAUAAAUCUGUAAGUAUAUAUUAUAUAUAUUAUUUAUUUAUUUAUUGUCGCAUCGACUAAUAGUCAUUAAAUUUGUAAGUAUUUCAAAGACUUUUUUACACACGGUUAUCGCCGAUAUGUAAACAUGCAACAGCAGAUAGAUACUCGUCGGACACUUACAAAGCUUGUAAAUUCGUAAGGUUGGAUGGUAUGCUCGUUUAUUUUCCUAUCGUUAUAUUCAUUCAGCGGUAUAUAUUUUCAAUUCUGCGUAUUUUAAAUUCAUUGGAAAAUUAUCAGAGGAGAUAAAAAGGCGAGUUCCAAUUAUUAGCGCUUGUCGAGACGAGAAGACUCGGGGCCGUAUACCGUAUACAGCAUUCCAAUCGAGAAUUAGAGAAUCCAGGUACUUUGUACAGCCCUGAAUAAACUUUCAUCAUUUAUCUUCCGAUUUUUCUCUUAAUCCAGCAACGAAUCAAUUCUAUUCUAACGUUCGAACAAUGUAUUUACUUAGCAAGGAAUAAAACGUUCGAUUCGCUGCGGCAUUUUUCAACGAGGAAAAAAGAUUAAAUUUCGUAAUUUUUUAUUUCGUUUGAAAAGGUUUCAACGUCGCUUGACGUAGACUCGGUAGAAUACGAUGGAAGGAAACGAACCAACAUUUGACGCUAGCAACGAUAAUUCAUAGCGCAGAGAACGUGCGAACGCGUAUACCAUUCUUUCGAGUGUUAGAUUCUUUUUCUUGAAGUAUUUUUUCAGAAAAUUCCUAUCGUUAGUCGAUCCGGCGAACGAACGACUGAAAAGGGCACGGUCCAACCUACUUGUGUAACGAGUAACGAUCAUCAUCCAGAAGUCUUUCUACUUUCACUCCCCUCUGUCUCCGAUUAACGAUUAAACACGACACGAUUCAAACAGCUCGCUCGAUAAUUUCUCUCGCGCCGACGUACCGGAUCGUUCGCACAGAGACGAGAAUCUUUUACAAGACGACGCGUUCUGUAGACAUUAAAGACAGGGUAACAAGUCAUAUCGCAAUAUGCUUUUAAACAGUUAUUAUUAUACAUAGUAACGCUAUGUACAUCUAGGAGCCUUGCUGUUUGGCGCGAGUAGGUAUACAUAUGUGCCGUGAACAUUUUUCCCCGUGAGAUUCUCAACGAUCUUUAAGAAAAUAAACGAAAAAAGAAAAAAAGGAGGAAAAUCGCGUACCUAUUUAAAACGAAACGAGGAGAGGUUUUAGUCUGCGGUAUUUUCCAUACGUGUAUAUAAAAUCGUCGAACAAAGAACGAAAGCAAUCUCCGAAUCUUACGAAUCGAUAAGAAAUUUACGUUUUAUGUUAUUUACGAAGGAAAUGACGACGUCGCAAAGACGACGUUGGUCGAUAUAAAAUAAAAGUUGGUCAUUAGCCGGGUUUGGUGGCACUGUAAACUCUAAACUCUAAACUGUGAACUAUAAACUGUAAACAGUAAACGAUUUACUUCGCUGUCAUCCUUUGAUAUCGUCCUUUCGAUUAUACAAUUUACAAACCUAAGAAACUCGAAACCUCUUUUUCGUCUAAGUACUCUGCGUGCCAAGUUGUACUUCGAAGUAACGUUUACAAAGUCCUAAAUAAAAAGCUACGUUAUACUGAGAUGCAUGUACAAUCCGGUAUGUUCUCCGAUUUAACGAUAUAAGGAGCAAGCAAACGUUCUCCAACUUUUUACUCGUGGAUAAAUCGCGCGAACCUUGUGUACAUAUGUCUGUGUACAUUUACAAUAAUUACAAACGUAAUCAUAUCGCGUGCGUGGGAUGAUUUAUCGAAGAUUGUCGGAUUGGCUAUAUUUCUUUGAGGCAAUUUGAAUAUAUACAUAUAUAUAUAUAUAUAUAUAAAAGUUGGCAAUAAACAUUUGAAAGUUUGAAGAGAAAGGAUUCUAUUCGAGUGAAAUUAAAAAUGUUACUAUUAUCUUAAAUUCUUAGAAUCUCUAUACGAUGGAAUCGCAAGCUAUGGUUGUCUCCAUCGCUCAAGUUGCGGAAAAAAUUUUGUUAUUCGAGAUAAAAUUAUCAAAAGUUCCCCUGUUACAAGAACGAUAGUCAAUUAAAAUUUUAAAUUACCCAUUUUUACUAUUUGUUUUCUUCCUUAGUUCCAUGUAAAAUUUGUCUAAAUAUUAAGUAAAAAUUGUUAUACUUACGGUAUAGGCCAAUGUUAAAUAAAAAUUACGGAACAAACUAAAGUUUGCCUUGCCUGAAAAACCAAUAACGGUAUUUAAGCUGAUGUUUAUCGAAAAAUUUUACACAAUUUGCGUGAAUCAUCCGAUGCUGACAUUACGUAUACUCGAUUUGCAUUUUCAAAAGGCUAAGAGUGCAAGACAAUGAGAAGAGAACCGUCAAAGUGGUCGCGUAUACCUACAUGCGUAAAAGAUCGAAGAUUCUUGUGUAUAUAAUAUACAUAUUACAUAUACGUGCGUUGUUUCUUUAUUUUUCAAAUGGUCGGCUGCAACAGCGACUAUCGUUUCGAGUGCUUAAUCGAGAACUACGUAUGUAUAACCAAAAAAGUAUUACGUUGACACGUAUACAGCUAUAAAAGAAAGGUUUGUAUAAAAUAUAAAGGAUUAACAGAACUAAUUAGUAUAAAUAAUUACUAUCGACAAUUAGAUUGAAUGUUCAUACUAAAUCUAAAGAAGCCAAAACGAAUUGUUAAACUUUCAAUCUUACUCAUAGGUGUAUGCGUGAUCAGUGAUUUAUUUAUUCUACUUUUCUUGUUUCCGCGUUAACAGAUUUAUUUUGACGGCGAAUGAAAUAAUUAUGGAAAUGCGACUUCGAUUCGAUUAACACGGUCUAUCUAUCUAUCUUGAAAUGAAAAAAUAGGUACUCUUUGAAAAAUUUAUUUAUCUGUAGAAAUAUAAAGGAACUUUUUCACGUUUCCCGCGUUUCGAGACUAAAAAUUUAUUUCCGAGAUAAAGCCUUCGUAUUGUUUUUGUAAACGAUAUCGUCUAAUUAAAAGACGAAACAAAGGCAUUGUUUCAUACCACGUAAUAAAACAUCCCACCUUACGUAGCAUAUCGAAGAAAACUCACAUCUACCUGCAUAGGUUGUAUAGACGGAUCACGAAUUAUACACACAGUUCAGAUUUGUGUUUUAUCUUUACGCAUACAUGGAAAACAGAGAAUUUUCUUUGUGGUGGUUGGAAAAGUUUCGUUAACGGGAUCAUUUUUACGAAUUCAUUGUACAGAGAACCGACAGAAUUUGGUCUGAAGCGAUAUAAUUCUGUAAGAUAUGACAAAGUCUAGCAAGAAUGUACUGUAAAAGUAUCCGAACACCAUUUAUGAGUAAGAACAUGAACGAUGAACGAUAUAAUAAUAUAAUAAAGACAUAUCAUAAAAGUAUUAGUUUAAUUACCUGAUAUUGUAGAAUUUCUAUGUAAAUAUGUUGCGUGCAACUUGGAACAACGUUCUAAGUUUCAAGGCGAUGCGAUGUAAAGUUGACGAAUUAUUUGAGACGACUAGUAAAACGACCGGUUAGUUUUUCAUAUCGUUCGUUUAAUUUGUGUAAAGCUUUCCAUUAGGUACGUAUUCGUUGUAGACACAUUUAUGAAUUUGUAUAUAAUCAAGAACGUAAAUGUCCUUUGUAAAUUGUUAUGUAAUAAUUGAUCCACUAGUUAAAUUCUAUUCGCUUUCGAGUAUCUAUACUCUAUACCUACUGUAUGUCGAUUUAAUUGAUAGCGCAUUCUGUCGUAAGAAAGAAUUGUUCGUGUCGUUUCAUGGCAUAGAGAAUCUUUGUAAACAUCUGUCGAUUCACAGUGUACGAUAGCUCCUACGAAUUUUUCAUUUAGGAUGCGACGAACGAUGGAAAUUAUUCACACCUUUGAAACAAAUAAAGCGAGUCAGCGAAACGAAUUGUAGAUUACGCGUAAAGACGAAGCUUCGCGAGGUAAAACCAUUUCUUUAAACGAUUAAACUAUAACGAAGAACAAUGUUCUUUAAAAUACACCAAAUUGCGCGCAAUGUACGACAAAAGAAAGGAAAACGAUUUUCCUCCAUACUGUACAUAUCAUGUGCCAUAACUCUCAUUUACUAUACUUUGUGUCCAACUUUGUUCCAAGUACCUACUUAAUUAUAAAUAUUAUAGUAUAAUAAAAUAAACCUUGAUGUUAUUGAUAAA